AUGGAGAAACUGGAAAAUCACCUUGGAAAAGGUCAAACCCAGGAACAUCACUGGCAUCAGCCUUGGACUCAAGAAUACUCACCAAAAAGUACCAGACAUGACCUGACAUCCAUCACAAGAUCUCAAUCAAACAUCCUACUUCAAGCCUUUGACUGGAACUGAUUCCCUGAUAUUGCAACCAGGAAAAUACUGGCUAAACAAACAAGCAUUCGGGAAUCAAGAAUUCAAAACCAAAAAUCUCUAUACCCAGGGCAGAGCAGAAGUUAGCCUGUGAACUCCUUGGUAAAUGGCCAAUGGAACACCAAAGAGGUCCCCAACCUCCAGGUCAGGGCAGUUAGGAAUCGGGCCUCACAGCAGGAGAUAAGCUUGAAUGUAAUGCUCUUGCAGCAUCUCGAAACCAUCCCCCUGGCCCUGCUCUGUGGAAAAAUUGUCUUCCACGAAACUGGUCCCUGGUGCCAAAGUUUGGGGACUGCUGGAAUACCAGAUCUGACAGUUCAGCAGCACCAAAUCAACUUGACCACUCUCCUAGGCUGCUCUCACCAUUUUUCUUCCUCCAAUUCUUUCAGCAAGAACCAAACCUCUCCACCUGCUCUAUUCUCAUCCUACAUAUCCUUUGCCCUUGUAAGAAAAAUACCAGAAUUACAGAGUGCCACAGGAAUACUACAGUUGAAGGACUAUUCUCAGCCUCAUCCUGAGCACAAAAGACAUCAUUCACAUGAUCUGGGUCAGAUGGACAUUUCUUACAUUAUGCAAUGGUGGGAUGAGUGCUGCCAGGUUCUGACAGCAGAAUGGGAUUCUCAAGAAGGGACACAGUGAAUCAGUCAUACAAUAUCAUACAAUACACAAGGUCAACUGGAGAACUAUUUCAUCCCCUCAGCCAUCUGCACCAACAAUAUGUAGAAAUCUCAUGUCUUUUAGGUCAGUCCCUGCAAUCCCUAAAUUUUCAGGAAAAGAUACAUACCACCUUUUUUUAGUCCUGAUCCACAGGAAAAGGACAUUCCAGGAUCCUAGCUGUGCCUCAGUGAAGAGCUUCGGGCUCUGCCCCACAUGAUACAAAGCCCACUUUCCGGAAGAGGAAGACAGCAUCACUCACAGACCCUGGUCAGGGCCUCCUUUCUUUGGAGGCAGGAUCAGUGCAUCUUAAAGGACAAUCAACGAUGAAGUUAUCCUGUUCAGGACAAGACUAAUGCCAGGGGGAGGAGAAACCACUUGGAAACACAAGUAAAAGUUUUACUGUGUGUGUGGUCAGCAGUAUUUUCUAUACUCACUUUACUGAGUAAAGGAUUGUUUCCAAGCACCAUACUGCCUCUGGAAGCACCGUGGGCACAAGGCAGUGGACACGUCUGCUGAAUCCAUCCA